GUGAAGUAUUGGGGGGGUGGGGGGGCGGCGCCUGGACCUGCUGCCCCCUAUAAAAGCCUGACGCCCGCACAGGAACGGUGGCAUUGGAUACAGUUUAAAGGACUUAACCAGUUGGGAAGUAGCUGCCACCGCCAACAUGCCGUCCAAGCCUGCUCCAAUCAAGAAGGCGCCCAAGAAGGAACCGGCCAAGAAGGAGGAGAAGGCGGAGGAGCCGGCCCCCGCCCCGGAACCCGCACCCGCCGAGGCCGCUCCGGCUGAGGCCGCUCCGGCCGAAGCCGCACCGGCCGCUGAAGGCGAAGCUGCCCCCGCAGAGGGAGAGGCCGCCGCCGCCCCACCGGCAGAGGAGGCCAAGCCCCCCACCCCUCCUCCACCCGCCGAUGAGCCCACCAGCGCUCCGGUCGAUCUGUUCGUUGAGGACAAGAACGACACUUCUGUCACCAUCAUCUGGAGCCAGCCUGAGAACAUCGGACCGACCGGUCUGGACGGAUACACUAUUGAAGUCGCAAAGGAUGGAACUGAGGACUGGAAAGCAGUCAAUGAGGAUCUGCAGAAGUCCUGCCGCUAUAUCAUCAAGAACCAGACCACUGGUGACCGUCUGAAAAUCCGCGUGGUGGCUGUGAACGCCGGCGGUCCCAGCCCCCCUGUCAGCCUCCCCGAGGCCGUCCUGGUGAAGGAGGUUGCUGAUCGUCCCAAGGUCCGUUUGCCCCGCUUCCUCAGGCAGAGAUACGUCGCUCAUGUUGGAGACAAGAUCAAUCUCACCAUCCCCUUCACAGGAAAGCCCAAACCUGUUGUCACCUGGACUAAGAGCGGUGCAGCCUUGGACGCCAAGAGGGUGAACAUCCGCAGCACCGACAGGGACAGCAUCCUGUUCAUCCGCGCGGCCGAGAGAGACGACUCCGGCGUGUACGAGAUGUGCGUGAAGGUGGAUGACUUUGAGGACAAGGCCCCGAUCACCCUCCAGAUUGUCGAGCUGCCGGGGCCUCCCGCCAGCGUCAAGAUCGCUGAUACGUGGGGCUUCAACGUGGCUCUGGAGUGGACCGCACCCAAAGACAACGGAAACACAGAAAUCACCGGUUACACGGUCCAGAAGGCCGACAAGAAAACUGGAGACUGGUUCACCGUGCUGGAGCAUUACCAUCGGCUGAACGCCACCGUCUCUGAUCUCAUCAUGGGAAACACGUACAAGUUCAGAGUCUUUUCUGAAAACAAGUGUGGAAUAAGUGAAGAUGCUGCUAUUACAAAGGAGGAAGCCAAAAUCCUCAAGACGGGCAUUGAAUACAAGCCGCCUGACUACAAGGAGCACGACUUCUCCGAAGCGCCCAAGUUCACCACGAACCUGAGCGACCGCGCCACCACCGUGGGCUACAGCACCAAGCUGCUGUGCUCCGUCAGAGGCUUCCCGAAGCCCAAGAUCGAGUGGAUGAAGAACCAGAUGAUCAUCGGAGACGACCCCAAGUUCAGGCAGAUCUGCGUUCAGGGCAUCUGCUCACUGGAGAUCCGCAAGCCCGGCAACUUCGACGGUGGCGUGUACACCUGCAGAGCCAAGAACGACCACGGAGAGGUGACGGUCAGCUGCAAGCUGGAGGUCAAACAGCCAGUUGUUGCAGAUGCAGACAAGAAAUAGGCCAAUUUUGUCCCUCUCUAACAGGAGCAGAAGGAAUGAGGCCUUUGCAACAUAAGGAGAAGGUGCUGGAUUCCUGGAAUAACAUGUAUAUAUGGCUAGUGCCCAAACUACUACAGUGUUGUAAUUUGUGACCGCUCGCCCAAUGUGAACAUUUGUCAUAAUCAGCCGGCGUUGCUUUAUACCUGCAGCUACAGCAUCAAGUCCACAUCCAUGUCCAAGAUUCGUCUUCUCUUUUCCAGUCAGCUAUUUUCCCAACAACACCACAAAUAAAUGACAUUUCAAUUAAUGUAGCUUUGCAGGUGUACGGCAACAAUUCUGCAGCAUGAGCUUACUGUUCCUCGUAGGAGAACUACAUGUAACAUCUACGUGUUUAUAUCAAUAAAAUAUUU